UUUUGUAAGGGCGGGGUGGGGGCGUGGUGUGUUGGGAAUUUUUGCUUCGAGAAACUUGUUAGGAUAGAUGCGUCAUGAUGUAUUGCAGCUUUUAUUAGCAUGAUAAUGCUAAUAAUAAUAAUACUAAUUAUUAUAACUAUCGUCACCACUACAAGAAAUAUUUAUUUAACCGCAGCUGCUGGUGGCCGAGGAGGUACAGUUACAACUGCCGGCGGUUAUAAACCGGCUCAGGCCAACUACCGAUUAUUCUACGGAAUCUACCAGUACAGUUCCCAAAAGCAAAGAGAGGGAGGGGACAAAGGAGGCUUCUAUUUAAACUUACCCUAAACGACUUAUCAAAGAGAAAAACCACCCCUCGAAGGAAGACGGAGUUUCUCUACGAGGAUUUUCCAUCUACUGCAACCUACUUUGGAUUCCUCCGGGUGGAUUCUUGUUGGUAUUUCCUUGAAAUUGGUUGGAUUUCUUCCAAUGUCCUGGUUGUUUUCCAAUUCUAGUCGGGGAACGGGUUGCUUUAGCUGUUUCGGGUUUCUGGGUAAGCCCGACAAGGAGAUUGAUCCAUUCCUCGACGACCGGUUCGAUCAGGAACGCACUCUAAAUGGGGAUUUCGAUGGCUCGUAUGGAUAUAUUUGCGAGGGAAAUAGAAAGUUUGAUCCUUUUGUUCCGGGAAAGAAUCGGGUGAUUUGUAGAGAAAGCCCUGUGAAGGAAACCACCCAUAUCACUAGGGGUGAGGCUGCUUGUGGUCAGAAAAUGAUAAAUGAAUAUGUUCGAGAGUGUACUAUAGGUCGUGGGAGCUAUGGAAAAGUGGUUUUGUACCAAAGCCGUAUCGAUGGAAAACAAUAUGCAGUCAAGGCAUUUUACAAGUCUCGGCUAUCAAGAGUGAGAGUCACUCCUUUUCAAACAGCUUUGUCAGAUGCCCGUAGGGAGGUUUCAAUCAUGAAGAUAUUAGAACAUCCAAAUAUAAUCAAUCUUAUUGAGGUGAUUGAUGAUCCAGAUUCAGAUCAAUUUUAUAUAGUUCUAGAGUAUGUGGAAGGCAAGUCAAUUUGUGAUGCCUCUGGGACAUGUGGUGGGUUGGGGGAGAAUACAUCUAGGAGAUAUUUGAGAGACAUAGUUUCUGGGCUUAUCUAUCUGCAUGCUCAUGGUAUCGUACAUGGGGAUAUCAAGCCUGAAAAUCUUUUGCUAACAGGUAGUGGAACUGUAAAAAUUGGUGAUUUCAGUGUUAGCCAUGCUUUUGAGGAUGGCAAUGAUGAGCUGUGGAGAUCACCUGGAACCCCUGUUUUUACGGCACCUGAAUGUUGUCUAGGCAGUACUUACCAUGGUAAAACUGCGGACAUAUGGGCUGUUGGUGUUACAUUAUAUUGUAUGAUACUCGGAUAUUGUCCUUUUGUUGGGGACUGUCUAGAAGAUACCUAUGACAAGAUACUCAAUAGUCCAUUAUAUCUCCCUGGGGAACUUGAUCCAGAUCUUAAGGAUUUACUACAAGGACUUCUCUGCAAAGAUCCAAAGCAGAGGAUGACAUUAGAGUCUGUAGCUGCACAUCGGUGGGUGGUAAGGGACUGCGGACCAAUUCACUUGACAUCAUGUAGAUGCAAACUUAAUAGCUUUCAAAAGGAAAGUCCUACAGGAGAAAAAACUGAUUGUACUUGAAGCAUAUUAAUAGAUAAUAUAUAUGUUGUUUUUGGUAGAGAAUAUAUAUACAAUUUGUUGAUGUAAAUUCUUGUGGUUGGCCUUUAUUUAGCCCAUCUUAACCGUUGGAGAGAGGGAGGGAGGGGGAGGGGUAACAAAUAUUUCAUCUAUAAAAUCUUGGUAUUGUGAUGUUUUA